AUGGGUAUCGAGGAGCAAAAGGAGGAGCGGGAAGUCCUCGAGUCCAUCUUCCCAGACGAAAUCACAGACGUUUCCGAGACAGAGUUCCGAGUCUCAGUCCAGCUCGACGACGGGCGGCACGAGGACGAAGUGCGCGAAGACGACCAGCCCACCAUCAUCCUCAAUGUUUCGUACCCGCCCAACUACCCCGAUGAAGCCCCCAGGCUCGACAUAACACAGCCGCCCAAUGCGCCCAAGCACCCCUACCUCGACAUACACGAAGACAAGCAGCGGCUGCUCGACUCGCUCGCGGAGACGAUAGAAGAGAACCUCGGCAUGGCCAUGGUCUUCACGCUCGUAACGGUUCUCAAGGACAGCGCGGAGCUCCUCAUCACGGAGCGCCAAAACGCCAAGCAGGCGCUCGCCGACAUGGCGGCCGCCAAAGCCGAGGAGGAGGAGAACAAAAAGUUCCAGGGUGAGGCGGUAACACGCGAAUCCUUCUUGGCCUGGCGAGAGAAGUUCAGGGCCGAAAUGGCAGAGGAGAAGCGCCGCAGGGAAGAGGAGAAGGAGCUCGAGGAUAAGAAGAAGAAGGUUGUCAAGGAAGAGAAAAAGUUGACGGGAAAGGAGCUGUGGAUGCAGGGCUUGGCUGGAAAGGGUGAUGAUGACGAUGAUGACGACAAUGUUGAUGGUGUCGACGUGGAGAAGCUGAAGAUUGAGGCAACAGCAUGA